AUGGAGGCCAAAAAUCUCGAGCAGCUAGAGUUCUCUCUAGAUUCCGUCAUUGAUCUAUCCUCCACUUCCCCUUCGUCGUCCUCCCCUGUGGAGCUCCGGUUUCAGCAAUCGGACUCGACCCAUUGUUUCACUUUUGAUCUCGCUUCAGCUCAGUUAUUCAAGUUCGGGACAGUCCAGUUCAUAUGUAAUAACUCAGAGGAGAAAGCAUUCUCCCAAGGAGUUAAUAUAAAGUUUGAAAGUGAGAAGGAUAAUAGCAAGGAGUCUUGUGAGGAGUGGAGAAAAGAUGCUCCUGUUCAUCAGGGUGGAUCAUCAUCCACAGUUUCAGCUAGUAAAAGCAUGUUCGACGAGGCGUCCUCGGCCAAAAUGGAUUUCCAUUACAAUGGGCAGCAAAAAUAUAUGCUACAAGGUUAUGUCAGGACAGGUAAAAAAAUUAUGGCAUUUAUAUGUAACCGUUCUAAUUUUGCUGGUCGUGUCGUGGUGGUCGAUGUGGGUGCUGGGAGUGGCAUUUUGUCAAUGUUUGCUGCCCAGGCUGGUGCCAAGCAUGCUGUAGAAGCAUCCGAAAUGGCUGAAUACGCACGUAAGCUGAUUGCUGGAAAUCCAUUGUUCGCUGAUCGGAUCACAGUGAUAAUACGCCCUCCAAGGUCUAUCAGCACCCUAUUGGUCAACGAGAGAAUGUUGGAAUCAUAUGUUAUUGCUAGAGAUCGUUUUAUGUCUCCAAAUGCCAAAAUGUUUCCCACUGUUGGAAGGAUUCACAUGGCAGAUGAACUUUUGUUUAUCGAAAAGGCAAAUAAGGCUUUGUUUCGGCAACAAGAUAACUAUUGUGGCGUUGAUUUGACACCUCUCUUUGGGUCAGCACACCAAGGUUAUUUUUCUCAGUCUGUGGUUGAUGCAUUUGAUCCGAGGUUAUUGGUAGCUCCCUCUAUGUUUCGUAAAAGGAGCGGAUCAGGUAGUCCACAACCUGAUUUCGGAUGA